AUGAACAACAAAGAAUUCAAUAGAUUAACGUCGGAAAGUAAUUUAGGCCCGAAGGUUCCAGCUCCCACCAAAGACAAACAACCUAAAGGUAAACAAAUGAAAACUAGAAGUAGCAAGAAUGAAGAUCUAGGUGGAGGUAAUGAAAAAGAUGAAGAAGUGGACAAGGAAGGUAAUGGAGGUGAGAUUACCAACAAGAGCAAUGAGCAAUCAAAAAGUUCCGCCAAUCAUGCCGAUGCUACUCAUGCAACCCCCGCAAACAACCCUCCCGGUAACUCAAACAACGAUCCAGUAAACCCAACUGCUACGACUGCAACCGUAUCAACAAAUGCAAGUAAUGUGAAUAAUGUCAGAGCCUUAUUAAGUGCAGGGGAAGGAUACAACCCUCAAAGUGGAAAUGGUCCCAUACUAGGAAUUCGAUAUAUUAAAGACUCUUCUGGUUAA